CUCCCUCGGCGCGCCGCACGCAGCGUCGCCACGCUCUCGCAGGCCACCUCCAUCCUGCCCUCCACCAUCUCCUCUGCCUCGCCCGAGUUCCAGGCCAAUGCCGCCGCCAUGCAGGGCCUCGUCUCGCGCCUCGACGCCCUGCACUCGCGCAUCGCCCGCGGCGGCUCCGACAAGGCGCGUGCGCGGCACACGGCCAAGGGCAAGCUGCUUGCGCGCGAGCGCAUCGCCGCGCUGCUCGACGCCGGCAGCCCGUUUCUCGAGCUGAGCCCCCUGGCGGGCCAUGAGAUGUACGGCGAAGAUAUCCCCGCCGCGGGCGUCGUGACGGGCAUCGGCAAUGUGGAGGGUACGCCCACCCUCAUCCUCGCAAACGACCCGACCGUCAAGGGCGGCUCGUACUAUCCCAUCACCGUCAAGAAGCAUCUGCGGGCACAGCAAAUCGCGCGUGAGAAUCGCUUGCCGUGCGUCUACCUCGUCGAGAGUGGAGGCGCGGCACUGCCGCAUCAGGCAGAGGUGUUUCCGGACGCCGAUCACUUUGGCAGGAUCUUCAGGGAGAUGGCACAGAUGAGCGCACUGGGCAUCCCGCAAAUCUCAGUCGUGCACGGCAUCAGCGUGGCUGGCGGAGCAUACGUGCCCGCCAUGGCAGACGAGACGAUCAUUGUGCGCAAGCAAGGCACCAUCUUUCUCGCGGGUCCGCCCCUCGUCAAGGCGGCGCUGGGAGAGGUGGUGGAUGAUGAGACGCUCGGCGGCGGCGAGAUGCACUCCAGCGAGUCAGGCGUGACAGACCACCUUGCCAUUUCCGACGCGCACGCCCUGGCGCUGGCACGUUCCUGCAUCUCCAACCUCGGCUCCUCCUAUGCUCCGCGUCCCCUCAUGGCGCCUUCAGCCUUCGAAGAGCCCCUCUAUCCAGCGGCCGAACUGGACGGCAUCGUCCCGGCGUCGUUGCGCCAGCCAUUCGACAUGCGCGAUGUGAUUGCGCGCAUCGUGGAUGGCAGCAGGUUCCACGAGUUCAAGAAGCUCUACGGCACGACGCUCGUGUGUGGCUUUGCCAAGAUUGCGGGCCAGGAGGUGGGCAUCAUUGGAAACAACGGCAUCCUGUUUGGCGAAUCGGCAAAGAAGGCGACGUCGUUUGUGCAGAUGUGCUCUCAGCGCGGCACGCCGCUCGUCUUUCUCGUCAACGUCACUGGCUACAUGGUCGGCAGCAAGGCGGAACAAGGAGGCAUCGCAAAGGACGGCGCAAAGAUGGUGCGCGCCGUGGCGUGCGCCGACGUGCCCAAGUUGACGGUCAUCGUGGGCGGAAGCUACGGCGCAGGCAACUACGGCAUGAAUGGCCGAGCAUACCAGCCUCGCUUCCUGUGGAUGUGGCCCAAUGCGCGCGUGGGCGUCAUGGGCGGCGACCAGCUCGAGUCGGUCAUGGGCAGUGUCUCGUCGGACAAGGCGCGCAUGGCCGGCCUCAAGGACAAGAUCGAGGCGCAGUCGACGCCCGAAUACGCAAGUGCGCGCCUCUGGGACGACGGCGUCAUUCGGCCGCAGGACACGCGAGGCGCCUUGGCUCUGGGACUGCAGGUGGCGAUGGAGGGAAGGAGAAGAUCCAAGGAGAGGGGAGAGGCUCAUCCGGCUUGGGAUGGCAAUCGACAUGGACAGGGCGUAUACCGC